AUGGCGCGCAAGAAGGUGCGCGAGUACACUGGCAAGCGCCUCCUGCGCGAGGCCAUGAAGCGGAUUGCCGGCGUGGAGCUGCCGAUAAAUGUGGCGCAGGUGACCCAAGCCACUAAUUACUCAGACCUCCUGGCGGAGCACCCCUGGCUCAACCAGGUGAAGCUGGUUGUGAAGCCGGACAUGCUGUUUGGCCAGCGCGGCAAGAACGACCUGGUGGGCCUCAACCUCACAUUUAGCGAGGCGGAGGCCUUCAUCAGGGCGCGCAUGAACAAGGAGGUGCUGAUCAACGGCCUGUCUGGCCCCGUGACGACGUUUGUGGUGGAGCCCUUUGUGCCGCACGAGGACGAGUACUACCUGAGCAUCCAGUCGGGGCGUGCUCAGCAGCAGCAGCGGCAGCAGCAGCGGCAGCAGUACACCAUCACCCUUGGCGCCAUGCUGGGCUGCGACAUCAGCUUCUCCACCGCGGGUGGCGUGGAGAUUGAGGAGAACUGGGACAAGGUGAAGACAGUCACGCUGCCCACGGGGACGCCUGCGUCAGGGGACGCCCUGGCUCCGCUGGUGGCGCCGCUGCCGUUGGAGCUGCGGCCCAAGCUGGAGGCGUUCCUGCGCAACUGCUUCGAGGUGUUCGACGACCUAGACGCCACCCUGCUGGAGAUGAACCCCUUCACACUCGACCCAAAGACAGGUGGCCGGCGCCGGGGCCCGGGGUGUGCCCGUUGUCAGAACUCCCAUCUGCACCACAAGGCAGCACCGCAACCGCUCAUGUGA